AUGAAUCAAUUCAAUCGAUCUCGAAACGAGAAAAUCAACAAUCCACAAUGUAACUUUAAACGAAAAAAAAAAUCAACAACGACUAUUGAAAAUUUGUCCAAUGAAUUCUUUGGUAAAGUAUUUGGUUAUCUCGAUGGUUGUGACAUAUAUCUUGCAUUUGCUAAUCUUAACCAUCGUUUUCAACAAAUGCUCAAUUCUCCAUUGGUUUUAUUUAAAAUUAACUUGGAUAAUUGGUUAUCAAAAGAAAUAUUGAUAGAUAUUUACCAGCAAAUGAUAACCUUUAAUAAACAUCAAAUAUUUUCAAUUCAUUCUUCAACAUCAUUAUCAAUGAAUCGAUUUUGUUCAUCGUUAUCUUUCGAUUCAUCCUUUAAUCGUCUUGAAUCACUUGUUCUUUGCGAAUCUCAACCAGAUAUAUUUAUUUCACUUUUGAAUACGUUAUCUUCUUUACCUUGUUUAUAUUCAUUAACGUUGAAGAUGCUCAAAAGUUCAACAAAUCUAGCUGAUGUGUAUGGAAUAACUCUAAAACUUCCAAUGUUGAAGUAUCACAACGUGUUAACAAAUCCGUCGGAUUCAAUAGUUACAUUACCUGUUAAUACUGAUCAACAACGGUUUAGUUCUAUUACACAUCUUGUCAUUGAAAAUCAUUGUAGUUUUAAUGAUGUUCUGAGAAUAAUCUCGUAUACACCACAACUUUACCGUCUAGAUUAUACAAAUACCAACUCUAUCGAUAGAAAUAUUGAAAUAAAUUUGCCAAUUAAAUUAUCAAAUUUAAAAUAUCUUUUUGUACGUGUCUAUGGCACAAAGUUUGAUAUAGUUGAAAUGUUUCUUAGCAAAAUUAGUACGAAAUUAAAAGUUUUAUCAUUUACUACUCGACAUGAAGAUAUUACCUAUCUCGAUGCUAAUCGAUGGAAGGAAAUUAUUUCGAAAUAUUUCUUGCAAUUAGAAAAGUUUUAUCUAAAAUAUUACGCAAGUCGUGGAAAUGGUUCACAAACUCAACUUUAUCGUGGUACUGCAAAUCAAUUUGCAUUGCCAUUUUGGAUUAAACGGCAAUGGAUAUUUGAAGUUCAACGAGAUUUGGAAUUUAUCAUAUAUUCGGUUCAACCAUACAAAGAACGAUGGGAUGAACUUAUUCUAGAUCAGUCUGACGCUCUUUGUUCCGGACUUUCUAAAUUGACUUUUACGAAUAUGCACGCAAAUGAGUGGCGAAAUAUUAUUAAUAUUGACAUUAAACGUAUUUUAUCCCUAACACAAAUUUAUCAUCUGAUCAUUUCUGUGGAAAAUAUUUUUGUUGGUGUAUUAAUUCCAAUCUUAAACUCUUUGCCAAAACUACACUCAUUAAAACUUCAUUCUUUAUCAUUCGGUGAUCCACCAGGCAUGAAUCCUAAAGAUUACAAGAGUUUUUUUUCAAUAAGACCUACAAGUAAAAUUGUCAAAGCCUAUCUCGAGAAAAUGAAUCAAAGGAAAGACAUGUUUUUUCUAAGAGUACUUUGUCCUGAUAUGAUAUAUCUCAAAGUCGACUGGAUCGAAGGUGAAAGAAAUAUGAUACCUUUUGCACUAGUUCAUUUCGAAUAA